AUGAUUAUCUCUCUGAAAGCUGUUAACUUAUUAUUUGUUGCAGGAAUUAAAAAGAAAUUCACCUGCCCAGGACUUGGUCUGUUUUAUACCCUAUUUUCUGCCUUCCUUUUCUCAGUGGCUUCUUUAUUUCUUAAAAAAAUUGAAGAUGUACAUUCAGUGGAAAUCAGUGCAUUUCGGUGUGUUUUCCAAAUGGCAUUUGUUCUUCCUGGUUUAAUAUACUAUAAAACAGGGUUUUUGGGACCAAAAGGUAAACGAGUUUUUCUUUUCUUCCGAGGAUUCCUUGGCUCUGCUGCAAUGAUUCUUCUCUACUAUGCUUUCCAAAUAAUGCCUCUAGCUGAUGCCACUGUUAUAACUUUCAGCAGUCCAGUUUUUACAUCAUUGUUAGCCUGGAUAUUUCUCAAGGAGAAAUACAGCUUUUGGGAUCUUCUUUUCACCCUCUUUACAAUCACUGGAGUGGUACUUAUUGCAAGACCACCUUUUCUAUUUGGAUCCAAUGUUACAGGGAUUGAAGGAAGCUACAGAAAUCAUCUUAAAGGAACAAUAGCUGCUGUUGCAAGUGCAGUAUCAUCAGCUUCAACUUUUGUUAUAUUAAGAAAGAUGGGAAAAUCUGUGCAUUAUUUUUUGUCUGUUUGGUAUUAUGCAGUAAUUGGUUUAAUUGAAUGUAUUGUAGUAUUGAUUGUAUUAAAUGAAUGGACUUUACCAUAUUGUGGUACAGAUAGAGUUCUCCUAAUAUUAAUUGGACUGUUAGGGUUGGGGGGUCAGAUAUUUCUCACAAAAGCAUUACAGAUAGAGAAGGCUGGUCCUGUUGCCAUCAUGAAAACAAUGGAUGUUGUGUUUGCUUUUAUCUUACAGAUACUUUUCCUCAAUCAUCUACCAACUUGGUGGACGGUGGGUGGUGCCCUUUGUGUAAUAGCCAGUAGCUCUGGAACUGCCAUUCGUAAGUGGCAAAAAAAUUCAAAAAAAGUUAAAGAGAAUGAAAUCUAGCAUAUCAGGCACUGUUUCAUCACAGAAACUAAGAUAAGCAUCAUAAGCUUGGAACAUAUAUUUUAUAGUAACUAUUUAUUUAAAAUAGUUCAUUUAUUGAACUUUAUUACCAAAUUGUCCCCAAGAAAAGGACUCAGUUGACUUUCAAGCAACAUAGGAGAUGUUUUAACUAGCUGGUUCUGCAUAUGUUAUUCAGUGUCACACUGAGCAAGGCAGUGGUAUAUUUUCACAGAUCUUGCUGUCCCUCAGUUUCCUGGUUGCUAUCUUAAAUAGGCAGUAACUGUAUACAGAAGUUUUUCAUUUUUUUCCCCAUAAAUCACUGUUGUUCCUUAAAAUUUUGAGGCCUGAUUCUCCUUUUUUAAUGCCUUGUAUAGUAACCAUAUACUCAAUCAUAAGCCUAAUUGUUUUUUGUAAAAAUAAUGCAGUAAAGAGCAGGGAUCGGCUUAUGAAUGGGUCAUUGUGUUUUACCAAUUAUUUUAACUUAGGAAAAUCAGCAAAAUUCAGUUCUUAGCCCAGCAAGGCAAGCCACUGCUGUGCCAGGAUGUUUUAUGUACCUGGAGUGUCUGCAGGCACAGAGCCCCUCUGCUCCCAUUGGCUGCUGUUCGCAGUUCUGGGUCAAUGGGAGUGGUGGGAGGUGGCAGCCAGCACAUCCCUUAGCCCGCACUGCUUCCCAUAGCUCUCAUUGGCUGGGAAUGGUGAACAGCAGACAAUGGGAGCUGAGAGGCUCCAUUCCUGCAGAUGCUCCAGGUAAACAAAAUGUCUCAACAUACCAGUGGCUUAUGCUGAUGAGCUGGAACCGGAAGUUUGCAAAACGCCAAUAUAGAGUCAGCUUAUUAAUGGGUCAUUACAAUUUUUACAAUUUUUUUAACUUGGGGAGGGUUUGCUUAUGAACGAAUGGGCUUACGAUUGAGUAUAUAUGUACUUACCCAUCUCUAAAGUGAGACAAAAAGUCUCCCAUUCUAAUUCAUAGUUUCCAUUUACUUACUACAGACAUAGCUCUACUCAAGUUUUUUAUUUUUAAUCUUAGUGACACUAAAGCAGUUAGGGUUCAUUCAUCAAAAUAAAACAAUAACAAAAAAACAAAUUUCUGUAUUACGCACAUGCAAGGCUGAUACACAUGGCAGUCUCCAAAAUCUGCCUAAAAUGGCAGCUGGAUAUAUAAACAAAUGCUCUUUAAUUAUUUCAAAUUAUUUUGGAUGUUUUUCUGGUUGGCAGUUAUCAACCCUGCUCUCUUGCUAAAGUUGUUUAUAAUGGCUUAACUACAAUCUGAAAGCUUUUUGUAGUGGAUUAACUGACAAUGUUACAGGUUAACUUUUAAUUUAAAGUAACUUUCCCAAUAGACCACAUCACAUUGAUUUACUUCUUUAGUUGCUACAAUUUCAGUGAUGACAGAAGAUGAUUGUUAAUAUAGUCCCUUUGUGGAUUGACUAUUUCUUAUGGUACAAAAUGUUAUGUUGUAGUUGCACUUUCCUUAAAUCUAUGCAAAAAAGUAUCUUUUAUUUGUAUUUAUUUAGAUUACUUGAAAUACUGUUCAAUAAUUUUGUUUAAUACUUUUUAUAAAAAGUAUUUUUUGGUGAAAAAGCUUCAAUUUCUUGUCUCAAAUUAUGUUAAUUAACAUUUUAUUGUAAAACCUCCUAUUUCUUGUUUACCUUAGCUAAUGAAAGGUAUUUAGACGUUCCACAAAUAGCACUGAACAGAAAGGGUCAUAGUGGAAAAUAUACAAUAUGUACCCUGCACUCCUCACUUGUCUUUAUUGUUUGAAGGCUACUUUUUGAUAGCCAUUACUACAGUAAUAUUAAAAUACAGAGUCCAGUUUCUGUUGUAUGGGCAGGAAGAGAAGUUUGGUAGAGUACAUAGUGGUUUCCCAAAAUGGGCUGUGAUCUACUUUCUACUGGUAGGUCUCAGUCCUAUAGAGUUUUAAGAGGGAUUUAAUUUUUACUUUAAGACCUUUACGCUUUGUCCUGUAUAGUUUUUCAGCCAUUUACAUUGUUUCUUCUCCUUUUCUGAAUGAGGAAUAUCUUUUAUAUUCAGAGCCCAAUAAUACAUCCCUGUGUAGAGAAACUGACACAAAAUAAUGGAUAUAGUCUGUUCUUGAUGCACAGAUAUUUACACAUGUACCAUCACUUUCAUGAGAGAAAUUGUUAAAUGACUGUUGCAUUCUAUUCUGCAGCGGUUUAAAGUGAUUCUGAUAGGUGUUAUACUUGUAAAGUACUUUAAGAUGCUUCUGGAAGAAAUGAGUCAUAUUCCUGUAAAAUUGCCUAGAAUAUAUGCUGUGGGCUUGAGGCUUCUUUUAUUGACAUCAAGAUCAAAACUCCGGGGAAAGGAAUUAAGGAAACUUUAAAAAGUGAAAAUAUAACAGUGAUCGAGUUUUAACAAUACAAAGUAUUAUGGAGGGUUCUUUCUCUUAAAAAACUAUGUUGAAAAUAUUUGAAUCAUAAAUUCUCCAUGAAUUAUUAGGAAUCAAUGUAGAUAAUUUAGUCGCCCGCUUUGCUGAAAAGAGUUUUUGUUGUCUUAUUAUAUAUGAAUAUUUACUUAAGUAUAGAAAAUAUGCAGAUCUGAAUUGACAAUUUCAGUUUUAAGAUUGACUAGCUAUCUCUCAUAGACAGUAAAUUAGACUUAUGGUGAAGGUUUGAAUAAGAAAGAACUUGAGAGAUUUUUCCCAAAACUACGAAAUCAAUAAAUUGUCUUUCAUCCUUUUUAAAACAAGCAUUCGUUAGCAAACUGGCAAAGUAAUUUUACUUUGUCCGAAACUGUGAGAUUUUGUGUGCUUGGGUAGGUGGGCAGUCUCCAGGACCAUUCACAUUCAUUGUUCUCAAACUUUCUCACAAUAUUGUGUGUAUAAAGAAGGAAAACAAUUAGACCUGGUUUUGUUCUCUCUUUGAACUACAAAUUUCUUGUUGUCCCAGAUGUUUUAUGGCAGAGGUGGGCAAUAAAAAAAAAAUGUCAGCCCACAGGAUUAGUCCUUGGUGGGCUGCUGCCACUAUGUUUACCUGUGCCUCCCCAUGUGUUGGAGGAUUGCAACUCGGGUUGGCUGUGAAUCACUGUUUGCAGCCAAUGCAAGCAGCUCCCCGUUUUUUGCAUUGGCCGUAAAUGGCAAUUUGUGGCCAAGAAGAGCUGUGAUCCUCCGAUACCUGCAGAGGCACAGGUAAACAUGGAGGUGGGAUCCCACCAGGAACUAAGCUUGCAGACCGAAUCGGCCCACAGGCCAAAAUUUGUCCACCCCUGUUUGAGGGCCUGAUGGUGCAAGGUAUUGAAUAUCUGGGUACCUGCAUCUUCCAAUUAAGUCAGUUUGAGUUAUGGGCAUUCACUAUCUUGCAAGAUAGGGCUUAUAUUGUUUUACUUUGUUUAUGAAUCAAGUUAAGCACAUUUCUGUUAACACAUUUUGCUCUUCACAAAGGGUAAUGUCAUUAUUUGGAUUUUAAAAAUCUUUUAGAUUGUGGUUGUUCACACAACAGUCAGAGGAAGACCUUGAUUAUAGAGAUAUAUAAUAGUGCUGAUAUAUAUGUAUUUGUUCUGUUUAUGAACAUAAUUUUAAGAAUCUACAUCUUGGCUUUCCAGUUUCAUUUUAAUAGUGUAAACCAUUUUAAGUAUUGUAUAUUUUUGAAGCAUCUCAAAAUAGAUUUUUUUAAACCAAUUUUAGAUACUUUUUUUCUUAAACUAUAGCUAAAAAAGUUAAAAUGCAUGGACAGUUUUGAAGAAAAUAGUGGUGAAAUGGCUAAUAUAACUCCUUUAAAAUGCAGUAGAUACUAAAAAUGUUCCUUUAUUAAUAAGUUAUACUGGGCAUUCAAAAUGAUUUGUCAAAUAAUUGUCUGUUCCAUGUGUGUGGGGGUGGGGUUUCUUUUUCCUUUCAGGAAAAUAAGUUUUUUAAUUCAGGAGCAACAAAUUUCUCAGGAUUUCAGGUGCUAUUUUACCAACCUCUAAAUUGGAAAUGUGGCAUUAAUGUUUAACAUCUUUUAGUGUCCUUUAAAACAUUUUUAUUACAUUGGACAAAUUUAUAUUAUUUUUCUUAGGAAUCAUUUAAUAUGGAAUAUUAGGCAUAUUACUGCACACAAUUUUUAUUAUAUAGAGGUCUAUUGAAAUUAACUGAUUUCAGUAGCUUCUAAAUAGGAAAAAAUCUAAAUAAAUACAAUAAUGUCUUGCACAAAAAUGCAGAGUCAAAAGACUAAAAUUUUAUUGGUGCAUUGAUCGUAGCAUAAACUAUUUUACUAUGCAAAAAUCUAAUGAAAUCAGCUGCCAUUACUUCGGUGGUGCUUAACAACCUUAGAACCUUAUGUGCCUGAAUUUUACUCAUGACUAGUGGCCCAAAUGUCUUCAUAUUGUGACUGUACAUUAGGUUAACAUAUCUAGGGUUUAUCUGAUGCCCUAAAGGAAUGUGAAAUGCCCUAAAGAAAAAGCAAUGCAUUAGGGAUUUUCCAUGUGAGAGAAACAGGAUAUACUUGUAACUUAAAUCCCUACAUACUAAUCCCUACCUGUCCAUUGUCUAGUUCUCUUUCUUCCUAAUAUCCUGGUGCUGCACAGGCUUUGGGAGUUUCAAAUCCUAUUCUUACACUGUAACCCCUUGUGUAGCACCAUUGAUGAGUGGUGUGAGUACAAGCCAACAUGUGCUUUUUUCUCUCAAACAAACCUUAAGUUGGAAUUGUGUUUUCCUACUUCCAAAUGCUCACAUGUUCUUCAAUAGAUAGAAGCUUCUUUUGAGUGCAUAUGAUGAAGAGAUGGUCUUUAUCACUCCUGAUCACCAUUUGGAGGGAGAAAGUCUCUUGUUGAGCUUCAUUCGGACGGCUGUCGGCUGGGGAAAUGUUAAUUUGUAACUAGUCAGUCUUCAAAAUUUCUCCCUUUGCUGUCUGGCAUUUAGUAAGCCAGGAGAAUCUGUUUCUCAGCCCCAGGUUCAAAAUUCCAUUAAGCAUACAAGAUACAACAACAGCAUCAGUCCCAUAAGCACAGUUGUCUUUUGAAGAUGGCAGGAUUGGCCAUGCUAAAAGUGUGCAGCAUUGGGUUUUUCUGUCAUUACAUUGCUGCUAUCAAGAGAGUACAAUCUCUUGACUUUGUUGACAAUUCCAAAGAGGACUGUGGUGCCUCUGUGAGACUGCAGCUUGGGAGGAGAUUUUGAGGUUCGAUGUACCUCAGCAUAUACAAUAUAGGUCAUAUUGUAUUGUCACUCAUAAAGUUUAUUGGUGUGGGUAAUGUUUCAGGCCAAUUUCACAAGCCAACUCCACAGGGAAGCCUUAGAACUUAACUUCAUUCACAAGUUUGAUUCCUAUAACAGAGGUAUGAAUAAAGACAUUGGCUGAAUGGCCCGCUACAUUCCACAUCCUAAUGUCAUAAAAAAAAUGGGUACUUUAGAACAGGUAGUACCUUCCUUAUCAGCUUCAUGUAUCAUGGACACUCUAAUUGACUAUAUCUUUCCCCACUUUUUCUUUCUUUUCCUUCUUUUUCCUUCUCUUUCCCACACCCCCGCCCUAUUUAUAUGGAAAGUGGACCUUUAAUAACUUGAUUCAUCUGAAGAAGUGGAUUGUGCCCAGGAAAGCUCAUGAUACCAUCUACAUGUUUUGUUAGUCUCUAAGGAGCUACAAGACUAUUCCUUGUAUUUUAAGUUUUUCCUAAUUGAAGAGUCUCUGUCUCUAAUAUGUAGUUCAAUUUAUGCAAAAUAUAUUUUGUCAAAGUUACUGUUUCUCUAAUAUCUACUAAGAUUUUAAUUGAUAUAUCUUGAAAUGUUAUCGUAAGAGGUUAAUAUUUCAUAAUUGCUAAUAAAAU